AGGUCACCACAAUUGAAUUUUGCAACUGGCCGAUAUAUCGAAGAUAUUUUACAGCAAAACAACAAUGGAACAUUUGAGGCCUUUCCCAAAUUUCGGCACCAAGGCAACACAUGCCGGUCAGGAACCAGAGAAAUGGAAAUCCAAUGCUGUCGUUCCCCACAUUUCUAUGUCGACAACGUUCAAACAACGUGGGCCUGCUGACCAUGCUGGAUAUGAAUAUUCAAGAAGUGGUAAUCCAACAAGACAGUGUCUAGAGGAGUGUCUGGCUGCACUCGAGGAUGCCAAAUAUGGAAUGGUGUUUGCCUCCGGCUUAGCAACAACUACAGCAAUAACAUUCCUACUGAAGCAAGGGGACCAUCUCAUUAGUAUGGAUGACUUAUACGGAGGUACCAACAGACUGUUCCGUAAAUGCACCACCAGGAUGGGUGUCGAGGAAUCUCUUGUAGAUUGUACAAAUGUACAAAAUGUGGCUGAUGCCAUAAAACCAAAUACUAAGAUGGUAUGGAUCGAGACCCCCACUAACCCUACAAUGCGAUUGGUUGAUAUCAAGGCUGUGUGUGAUGUUGUUCAUGAGAAGGCACCAAAAGACUGUUUUGUUGUUGUUGACAAUACCUUCAUGUCCUCAUACUUCCAGAGACCGCUCAAUUUUGGUGCUGAUAUAGUGAUGCAUUCACUGACCAAAUACAUGAAUGGUCACUCUGAUGUUGUUAUGGGAGCAGCUUGUACUAACAGACAAGACCUUGCAGACCAACUUAAGUUCCUACAGAAUGCCAUUGGACCAGUGCCAUCACCAUUUGACAGUUUUCUAGUGAACCGAGGUUUGAAGACCUUACAUGUACGUAUGAGAGAACACAUGAAGAAUGGACUUGCGGUGGCGAGAUUCCUUGAGAAAGAUCCAAGAGUCGAGAGUGUUAUACAUCCAGGUCUUCCAUCUCACCCGCAGCACGAGUUGGCACUUCGCCAGAUGCGAGGAUUUAGUGGGAUGGUAUCAUUCUACAUAAAAGGAGGAUUGAAAGAAGCGGAGACUUUUUUGAAAAGUCUGAAGGUGUUUACUCUUGCAGAAUCUCUAGGAGGUUUCGAGAGCUUAGCUGAAUUACCGUCUUUGAUGACUCAUGCCUCAGUGCCAUCUCAUGAACGUGAAAAACUGAAGAUCUCAGACAAUCUCAUCCGUCUGUCCGUUGGUAUAGAGGAUGAAGAAGAUCUCAUUCAGGAUCUUGAGAAUGCUCUCGCAGCUGCUACUGGCGUCAAGUAACUUGUCCAGUAGCAUAGAACUGAUGUCCACAUAAUUUCAUGAAAAUCCACAAAAUCUCUAAAUGUGCUAGAUCUGUGUAAUAAUAUUGGGAAGGUAUUACUGUUAAUUUAAAAGUACAAAUUAAGGAUGGGAUUUCAUAGCUGCAAAAUUUCUCAAAUCUUGAGAAACAGAAACUUAUUGCAAUAAAUUUUCUUAAUUUGUGUGAUCCUUUAAUUCAUGUUGAAUUUGACUGUUAUAUUUAUUUUAAUGAAUUGAUACGCAGAAAACAUUAAAUUUUUUGUUUAUUCUUUAUCGUAAUUUUCCCAGCGAUACUGCUGGUUCUGUAUAAAAUGGUUUUGCUCAGACUGUGUUUUAACAGUAACCGUUAUAAAUAACUGCCAUGUUUUGUUGAUGUAAAGUAUUGAUCUAAUUAACACAUAUCAUUACAGUAUAAUUUUAAUUUAAGCUGUCACCACUGCAUACAUGUAUUUAUAUUUUUGUUGGUAUAUUAUGAAGCACACGAUAUUUAUUAUACUUAAUAUGUAAUCAGCCUCGAUCUUGUGUAUUCAGCAAUAAAACUCAAAUUAGACCAAGACAGCUAAUUAAUUAUGCUACUGUGUAUUCUAUAUACUUGGCACAUUCAUUUGCAAAAAAAAAUAA